UCUUGCGCGAAGGGUCACCAAAGAGAAGCCAUCGAUCGAUCGGCAGAGGAGGGAUUCUUGAAGAUGGCCACGAGGAUGCUCAAUCUGAUAGCCAAACGUGGCAGCGCGCUCAAGAUCACCACAAGAAUCCCCAGCUCGACCUUUACCUUCUUGGUUUCCCCUUCGUAUGCGGCUGCUUCUCGUUCUGGGCACCUGUUUGAUCAGCGUCCCUGGCGAUCCGAGCCGAUUGGUUCCAACUCUUUGUUUCCGGCCGUCUUGGUUGCUGGUGCCCUUGGAAUUGGAUCAGUUGGAAUUUCUUUGGCUGAUGCUGGCGAGGAAGACCGCCAAGCCAGUGCUGCAUCCGAAGAUGUAGUUUUGCGGGAAAGGCAGCGAUUGGAAGAGUUUCUUAGGAGUAAGGGCAUGCAGCCUGGCUCAUAUCCACCUUUUGUGGUUGCUGUUAAGGGCCAAAAGGUCACUGUCAAAUUCAAAGUUCCUCCAACUUGUGAAGUAUCACUCCUCAUUGCAAAUCUUGUUUCACGUCUUGGAUUGAAGGUGGAAGGAGUUGGCGGUGGUUCAGAAAUGUUAAUGCGUGCUUGGAACAGUGCAGCAUCUUGGCAGCUGACCCUACGUCCACCAGUGGAGAAGAAUGAUGUGCAAGGAACUGUAUCUGAAGCAAUGGAAAAGCAGGACAACUUCUUUAUCUUCAUAUUCGAGUCAUUAGUUGGCCCUGAAUAUUGUGAGAUUGAAUUUAUAAAGGAUGGAAGUUUUAAUUUUGAAGAACUUGAUGCCUUUUCAAAUGCACUAAAACUGGCUGGUGCAAGUGAAGGUACAGAAAAAUCACCACGGAAAAAUCAAAGAAGGAGUUCAAGUAGAAGGGGCACCAGCUUUGAUGCUUCUCAGCGUUCAGCUUUAGAGAAAUCUGUGUCUGCUUUAGAAGACAUGGGUGUUAGGGUCUAUGGAUAUGAUGAACCUCAUGAAUACCCUAAAAAUGGAGUGAUAUCUUGGGAUAAUAUUGCUGGAUACGAUCAACAGAAGCAGGAAAUUGAGGACACGAUAUUGCUGGCAUUACAGUGUCCUGAGGUAUAUGAUAAUAUAGCUCAGGGAACUCGGAGUAAAUUUGAGUCAAAUAGGCCUCGAGCUGUUCUUUUUGAAGGCCCACCAGGGACUGGGAAGACAUCUUCUGCACGAGUCAUUUCUAAAGAAGCGGGUGUUCCACUGUUAUAUGUGCCGCUUGAGGUCAUAAUGUCUAAGUACUAUGGUGAAAGUGAGAGAUUAUUGGGAACUGUUUUCUCACUAGCUAAUGAAAUGGCAACUGGAGCAAUAGUCUUUUUGGAUGAGGUUGAUUCCUUCGCUGUUGCUCGAGAUGAUGAGAUGCACGAGGCCACAAGGAGAUUAUUGUCUGUGAUUCUACGCCAGAUUGACGGGUUCGAGCAGGACAAAAAUGUGGUGGUAAUAGCUGCAACAAAUAGGAAGAAUGACCUGGAUCCUGCUCUGAUAAGCCGCUUUGAUUCAAUGAUCACAUUUGACCUUCCUGAUCAACAAACUCGUGAAAAAAUAUUGGCUCAGUAUGCAAAACACCUAGCAAGAUCUGAUUUAGCGAAGAUUGCUUUGGCCACAGAAAAUAUGUCAGGAAGGGAUAUCAGAGAUGUAUGCCAACAAGCAGAAAGACAUUGGGCAGCAAAGUUAAUAAGAAGCCAAGUGCCAAAAGAUACAGAAGGUACAAGUCUUCCUCCUACAGAAGAGUAUAUCAGAUGUGCUGAUCAGAGACAAAAGGCUUUAUCAGAUAUUUUACAAAAGAAUAAAGCACCACGCUCUAAUUGGAGACCUGCAGCACUUGCUUGAAGAGAAAUUAAAAAAAACAUGACAUCUAUAUCUGUGCAUAUGGUUGCUUUUUUACUUGUUUGGCGAUUGACGUUGGAAGCCAAUUGCUUAGGAAUGAUGCAAUUUUAAUUUGUAGAAUUCUAAUUUGUAAACAUGGCGAAUAUGUACAUAUGUAGAGCGGGGGAGAAUUGGAUUUUACUUGCUUAGCAAAAAAUGCAGCAUAGGAAUUUGAUUGAAAAUUUUAGUUUGCAUUGCCA